UGUAAAAUGUUAUCUUGAAUCUUUUAAACAACUAAACAAAUUUAAACGUAAAUUCAAUGCACAUAAAGUUCAUAAUUGAUAUGAUGGACUAAGUUUUUACUCUAUCAAUAUCAAAACAAUUUUAAUAAAAAAAAAUCUGUUAUAAAAACAUCCGAGCAGCCAGUAACUCAGUACAAAGUUCACAAAAAAUUAACUUCCUAUAUGAAAUUUAAAAUGUCUUUAAAAUUAUACUGCGAUCUUAUGUCCCAACCCUCGAGGGCUCUUUAUAUCUUAUUGAAAUCUAUCAAAUGUAAUUUCGAGCCGAAAUUCGUCAAUUUACGACAAGCUGAACAUUACACUGAAGAAUACUCUGCAAUAAAUAGGUUCCAGAAGGUGCCAGUGAUAGAUCAUAAUGGAUUUAUUUUAACAGAGAGUGUUGCCAUUCUCAAGUAUCUAUCCAGAGAGAAUGUGAUACCAGAAAGUCUGUACCCUAAAGAGUCUAAAGCUCAGGCCAGGGUUGAAGAGUUCCUGGAGUGGCAGCAUGCGGGGCUUAGGUUGCAUUGUGCUAUGUACUUCAGGGUUAAAUACUUGAAUCCAGUGAUGUUUGGCAAACCCGCUGAUCCUGUAUCUCUAGCUGGGUAUGAGAGCCGCAUGGAAGCAGCUUUGACGGAGUUCAAUGACAAGUGGCUGGGCAGAGGAACAGACUUUAUUAAUGGAAAUACUCCUACCGUGGCAGACUUGCUGGCGGCUUGUGAACUGGAACAACCUAGGAUGAGUGGCUAUGAUCCUUGUGCGAACUUUAAGAAUAUACAGGUGUGGUGGAAAAAAGUGCGGGAACAUUUCAACCCAUACUAUGACGAGGGACAUGUCAUAGUCAAUAAGAUUAUUAAGAAAAAUACUCCGGUAGCCUCUAAGAUUUAAUAAAAAGCUCAAUUAUGUAUGUAAGAAAUUGAUGAUUAUAUUCGUAUUUUUUAUCUAUGAGACUGUUAUAUUCCAGUAAAGGCUUCGUAAGUCCAAAACUGGUUUUGUAACGGAAAGAAAUAUGUAUCUUAUCUUAUACUAUUAUAUAAAGCUGAAGAGUUUGUUUGUUUGAACGCGCUAAUCUCCGUAGCUACAAGUC